AUGGGCCGCGGCUCCGGCAGCGCGGAGCUGGCCAUGGCCGCACCGCCCGCCCGCUGCCCCGACUGCCCGCGGCCGGAGCGGGGGGGCGGCGGCGCGACCCCCACCGUGCCGCACCUCGCCAUUGCGGUGGACGAGGGGGACGUGCUGCCCGGGGCGCUGCGGAUCGUGCGGCGCCUCAGACCCGCCUGGGACCCGGCCACGGUGAAGACCAAGCUCUUCACUGACGGCAUCACCAACAAGCUGGUGGCCUGCUACACGGACGAGGGCAUGGGGGACGCGCUGCUGGUGCGGGUGUACGGCAGGAAAACCGAGCUGCUGGUGGACAGGGAGACGGAGCUGAGGAACUUCCAGGUGCUCCGAGCCCACGGCUGCGCCCCCGACCUCUACUGCGCCUUCCAGAACGGGCUCUGCUACCAAUUCCUGCCGGGAAUCGCGCUGGGACCCGACCACGUGAGGGAUCCUCACAUCUUCAGGCUGGUGGCGCGGGAGAUGGCGCGAGUGCACGCCAUCCACGCCAACGGGAGCCUCCCCAGGCCCAUCCUGUGGCAGAAGCUGCACAAAUACCUCAGCCUGGUGAAGACAGAGCUCAGCCCAAAGGUAUCCAACGCCAGCCUCCCGCGGGACGUGCCCAGCCCCGAGGCGCUGGAGCAGGAGCUGGCCUGGAUGGAGCAGACGCUGUCGCAGCUCGGGUCCCCCGUGGUGCUGUGCCACAACGACCUCCUGUGCAAGAACAUCAUCUACGACAGGACACGAGAGCGCGUGCGCUUCAUCGACUACGAGUACACAGGCUACAACUACCAGGCCUUCGACAUCGGCAACCACUUCAACGAGUUCGCAGGUGUGAAGGAGGUGGAUUACGGCCUCUACCCCAGCAGGGAGACGCAGCUGCAGUGGCUGCACUCCUACCUGCAGGCCUACAAGGAGCUCACCCAGGGCCACCCAGGUGACAGCCAGGUGUCCCAGGAGGAGCUGGAGACCCUCUACGUGCAAGUGAACAAGUUCUCCUUGGCGUCCCAUUUCCUCUGGGCCUGCUGGGGGCUGAUCCAGGAUAAAUAUUCCACCAUAGACUUUAAUUUCUUACGAUAUGCAAAGCUAAGGUUCAAACAGUACUUCAAGAUGAAGCCGGUGGUCACAGCCCUACAGCUCCCCAAGUAGGGGCACCCCGAGCUCUCCUGUCCUGGCCGUGCCCUCGCGCCCCCUUCACCCCUUUGCCCAGGGGGACACGAGGAGCCCUACCUGGCCACCCCCGUGCCAGGAGAGCCUGGCCACCCCCAAGAGUGGACCAUGAGAUGCUGGAGAGGACCAGGGCCCCGGCGAGGCCCCAGCCCAUGCCAGGACGCCUCACCAUCGCCUUAACGCCGAGCCCCGCUCGGCCCCGGUGCCCGGCAGGUCCGUGCCCCGCUGGCACUGCUGCUGCUGCUGCUGCUGCCUGGCACUGUCCCUUCCCCUGCGCUGGCCCUGAGGGGGACACGGGGCCACCCCAGAGCUGCCCCACUUUGGUCACUUUGGCUGUCCCUUCCUGCCCUGAUGGGUGUCACCCCCAAGCUGCGCUGUCCCAGGUCCCUGCUGGCCCCAGGGACAGGAGCCUUGUCCCUUUGGGGUGGCAGCUGCGGGCAGAGGGGCAGUGCCAGCCGUGAGCCCCUGGCACCAGUGGGGUGCUGCUGGUGGGCACUGGGUGUCCCCACAGCUGCCCCUGCCUGUCCCCACCAUCCCCUUGGCUUGGUGGCUUCUCC